GGAGAGAGAGAGACGACAGAACUCAUCCCCCAGCUACAGUAUGAACCAGUCCAGCCAGGACCAGAGUGGAGUGGGGACAGCAGACCCUGAUCAGGACUCUCCCAACAUCAUCGUCUACAGAAAGAUUGAGGAGAUAGUGACCCGUAUCCAGGAUGAGACUGAGGGUGUUCCCAUCAGAACUGUGAAGAGCUUCCUGACCAAGAUACCCAGCGUCGUCACAGGUGCAGACAUAGUGCAGUGGCUGAUGAAGAACCUAGCCAUUGAGGAUCCAGCUGAGGCGAUGCACAUCGGGAGUCUGAUUGCUGCUCAUGGAUAUCUCUUCCCCGUCUCUGAUCACGUCCUGUCACUCAAAGACGACGGAACCUUCUAUCGCUUCCAGGCUCCAUAUUUUUGGCUUUCUAACUGCUGGGAGCCAGAGAACACAGACUAUGCUAUCUAUCUGUGCAAGAGGACCAUGCAGAACAAGACCCGUCUGGAGCUGGCUGAUUAUGAGGCGGAGAACCUGGCCAGACUACAGAGAGCCUUCGCCAGGAAGUGGGAGUUUAUCUUCAUGCAGGCCGAGGCUCAGGUCAAGAUCGACAGGAAAAAGGAUAGAAUUGAGAGGAAGAUUCUAGAUAGUCAAGAAAGAGCUUUCUGGGAUGUCCAUAGACCUGUGCCAGGUUGUGUGAACAUCACAGAGAUGGACAUCAGGAAGUGCAGACGCAUGAAGAACCCACAGAGAGUCAAGAAGUAUCGACUGAUAGAGGGUCAGUCUCAGAGCCCAGUACACACACCCUCACAAAUUCCCAGGAAAGGCACCAAAGAGGACGUGGAGAAAGAGAUUGUGUUUCUUAACAGCCAGUUGGACAGACACUGUAUAAAGGUUUCUAAAGUGGCUGAGAGUCUGAUGACUUACACUGAGCAGUACCAGGAGUAUGACCCGUUGGUGGUGUCACCAGAACCGUCCAACCCCUGGGCCAGUGACGACCUCUCAUUCUGGGACCUAGAGGCCAGUAAGGACCCCAGUCAACAGAGGGUGAGGAAGUGGGGUUUCUCUCUAGAAGAAGCUCUGAAGGAUCUGGCAGGUCGCGAUCAGUUCCUCAAGUUCCUGGAAUCAGAGUUCAGCUCAGAGAACCUACAGUUUUGGUUGGCAGUCCAGGAUCUGAAGAGGCAGCCUCUGGAGAAAGUGGCAGAGCGGGCUCAGGAGAUCUGGGCAGAGUUUCUGGCAGAAGGUGCUUCCAGCUCCAUCAACCUGGACUCACACAGCUACGAACGCACCAGCGCCAACCUUAAAGACCCGGGACGAUACAGCUACGAAGACGCUCAGGACCACAUCUAUAAGCUGAUGAAGAGUGACAGCUACACACGCUACCUCCGCUCCAACGCUUACCAAGAUCUUCUGAUGGCCAGGAAGAAGCCUGAGACGGAGCAGCAGCAGGGAAGACGCACAUCUCUGGAGAAGUUCACACGCAGUGUGGGCAAGUCACUGACAGGCAAACGGCUGACGGGCCUGAUGCAGUCGUCCUGACCAGGCCUGGGGCUGGAGUAAGACAGCCAUGCCCACGGGAGCUGCUCCGCUGUCGGGAGAGGGGUGUUGAGGCUGAGAGGUCUAACUGGGGCCUGGACACAACGGCGCCCACAUAACUGACUCCAGAACAGUUUUCUGAGCUUCAGCGGAGGACAGACAGCAUGCAAUAAGUCACUUAGAUCUGACACUGGGACAGUGCUGUCUUUGGUUGCGUCCCAAGUGGCACCAUGUUCUCUAUAUAGUGCACUACUUUUGGCAAGAGCCCAUAUGAUUUGUGUAAGCAUUGGCUGGAGUUUCCACUUUUGUUAAAUCCAUGCGAGAAAGUGUGCACUUUGGAAGAAGGGUGGAGAAUGGCAACAUCCCAGCCUGGGCCUUAGGCAAAAAAUAGUGUACUACAAAGAGAACAGGGUACCAUUUGGGAUGCAAAUAUUGUGUUGUUUAUCGACACAUAACUCUGCCCGCUACUCUCUCUCUCUCUGGCUCUGUCUCUCUCUCUCUCUGGCUCUGUCUCUCUCUCUCUCCCUCUCUCUCUCUCUCUCUCCCUCUCUCUCUCUCUCUCUGUCUCUCUCUCUCUCUGGUUCCUUUAAUAGAUUCUAUAACCAAAUGGAAUGUCAGACUUCUACUCUAUCUCAGCUCAUGUUACUACAGUAUAAUACCUUAGUAUAACGAUUACACUACUAUUUUGUCAAUUAUAUCAACAUUAAAAUGGUUAAAAGCUUGAUUGCUUUGACUGAUGUUAUAAUGGAUUUAUUUUCAUCUGCCACUCUAGGGUAGGCCUGUAUGGUAGUAUAUAGGAUGGGGAAUGGAACAAAUGAUCUGUUCUGCUCUUUCUAUUGAGUUUUUCAGCAUUGAUUUGAUAUAGUUAUGCAGACUUAAAAAUAAAAAUCCUUAAGAGUCGAUUGAUGCACCCUAAUUAACAUAAUAAA